AAAAUGUAUUUAAAGGAUGCCAAGGUUUGCUUUAGUCUAGUCUCAGAUCGAUCUCUGUAUGGUGACAUACAAAAGUCUGUCUGAUACCAACUGCUGACAUUUUCCAGUAAAGUCAUUCCAGGAUCACAACUAUGACUUCCAAAUCCAAGGGUAGUGUUCCAGGUGACAAGGCGUCCUCAUCUCUACUUCUGUCCUCUCCACCUUAUCAGCGCCUGAUCACCAAAGAGGGACGCUGUGCUUUUCGUGUCCCUCUGUCUUCUUCAGGCUCACGGAGAGAGUCUUUGCACAGAGCUUGGCUGCUGGCCCUGCAGGACCUGUGGGGACUGCUGGUAAAUCUUCGCUGGAGAUGGACUCUUCUGGCCUUCUGCAGCUCCUUCGUGGCUCACUGGUUGUUUUUUGCCUGUCUCUGGUAUUUGUUGGCUCAUCUGAAUGGAGACCUUGAUGUGCAAGAUCACGAUGCCCCACCACAGGGGCAUGUUGUCUGUGUAAAGUACAUUACAAGCUUCUCUGCUGCCUUUUCUUUCUCUUUGGAGACACAGCUAACCAUCGGUUAUGGCACCAUGUUCCCCAGUGGAGACUGUCCCAGUGCCAUAGCGUUGCUAGCUGUACAGAUGCUGCUGGGGCUCAUGCUGGAAGUAUUUAUCACAGGUGCAUUUGUAGCCAAGCUCUCCCGCCCCCAGAAACAAGCAGGAGCCAUCCAGUUCAGCCCCCAGGCAGUGGUAGGUCAACACCUGGGCCAGACGUGCCUCAUGGUCCGAGCCACCAAUCUGCUGAAGCGGCCUCUGGUCGAUGUAAAGUUGAGUGCUGUGCUUUACAAGUGUGAAGGUCAGGCUCUCCACCAGACCUCUCUGGACUUCUAUUUGGACCAUUUGGGCCAAAAGGCAUGUCCUUUGUUCAUAUUCCCACUCACCUUUUACCACCCCCUGGAGCCUCAGAGCCCGCUCUACCCUGCCCUGUGUGAGGGGUCCUCCACUAACUUUGAGUUGGUGGUUUUUCUGUCGGCCUUGCAGGAGGGAACUGGUGACUCAUGCCAGAAGAGGACCUCCUACCUUCGCCAAGAAAUCAAAUUAAACCACUGCUUUGCCCCUGCUUUCAGGAUAGACUCCCGUGGGAGGUACACAGUGAGCUCCCAGCACUUAAGCACAGCCCCUUCAAAUGAGCCUGUGAACAAAGACUCUGUAGUGCAGAUCAACAGUGAUGGGAUGGAGCAAGGAUGCUGAAGGAAAAUCUCAAGAGAUAGUAAUUUUCUUUUUUCUCAGGAGGUAUUUCACUGAAUCUUGUAAACAUUAAUAUAUGAUUAAGCAUAAAAAAAUCAAGUGCAUGUCAGACACACUGUCAGUGCUGGUGCAGACUCCAUCACCAUCAACUCCUCGGUGCAAAACCUAAGGAAGCGUGUUCCUGAGGUCCAUAUGUAAAGAUUUUGUACUUGUAGGAAAAUAUCUGGAAAUGUUAUGUUUGUGCAUCCAUACAGGAGAACGUGUGUGUUUGUAAAAAUAAUUACACAAGUUGCUUUUUCAUUGUUGUUUCGGUCUGUUUGCUCAUACAAAGCAAAACAAUAGGUGUAAAACUCUGCGUUCAUGUUCCGUGUGCGAGUUUCAACUUGCAAGUGCAAGACUGUGACUCGAUUUUCUUCCUUUCAGCUGAUUGGUCAAUGUCAUGGCCGUCACAAAUGUAACAAUCCAAUCAGAGAACAGAUGGGUUUGACUAUCAGAGGUGUGCUUUACUGAGCUUCAGGUUCUGGGAGGGUAAUACAGUUUGAAGAUGGAUGAUGGUGACAGCGCUUCUGCGGCUCAGUGUGAGUCACUCUGUGGUGUGACUCACAGCACUGGUCCUGGGUCACCCCUGACUUUGUGUACACAAAGCAAUACUAAAGUAAUAAUCAUAUUUUUGACCUUUGGUAUACCACAACCUAAUCCAUGUGGUAUACCAAUGGUACACUGCUACCAAAAGUUAAGGGACGUAGCUGUCGCUGUCCUCCAGCUUCAGACUGUUUUAGCCUUCCACAACCUGAAAAGCGCCCGUCCGACAGCCAAGCCCAUCUGUUCUCUGAUUGGACUGUUAAAUUUGCUAGCUCCCCUUCUGAUUAUGCCAGUAACUUGGGCAUAUUACUGGAUAGCUUGUUUAAAUUUGCCAAGCAAGUGUUUGCUGUACUGUGGUCUAGUUUUCAUCAGCUGCGCCUCAUUUCAAAGGCUAAGCGCUAUAUGCCGCAUAAAGAUCUGGAGAAACAUAUUCAUGCAUUCGUGACUCCCAGGUUGGACUACUGCAGCUCUCUUUACAUUGGCCUUUCCUCCUCCCUUCUCCUUAGAUUGCAGACUGUCCAGAAUGCGGCGGCACGCCUUUUGACAGGUAGCAGGAAAUUUUCCUCCAUCACUCCUGUUCUUGCUGGCUUGCACUGGCUGCCAGUUAAGUACCGUAUUCGUUUUAAAAUACUGCUCUUCAUGUCCAAAAUUAUCAAUAAUUUGGUGCCGAACUACCUCAAUGAGCUUCUUAGGUUACACACUCCUGUCAGAGCACUUAGAUCUGCUACCCAACUUCUUCUGGAGCAACCUCGUUCUCGGCUGAAGUCUCGGGGCGACCGUGCGUUUGCUGUUGUCAUUAUCAUUUAAAGUCAAAGUGAUGUGGCACCAUAGCACCAUAUAAAUAAUGCUGAACUGAAUACAUCACCACAAGCCAUAAAUGAAAGUGUUACAUCUACAAGCAGCUAGAAGCACAAAGAACAAGUGUGUUGGUUUCCCAAACAGUUAUCUCUGCUGCACGAGUGCAACACUAGCAGAACGUAUCAGCACAUUUUCACUGAAGAUGUGAAGUUUAAUGUAAAAAAGGAGAAACAAAGAUAAACAAAUAAUAUGCUAAUUUUACUUUGAGAGCAAUUAAAAAACGUAGAAAUCAAAGUAGAAAACUCUCACUGUAUUUUUUAACUGUGUGGUUAUAAAUGAAUGUCUCCAAACUAACGGUAUAAAACAAGCAUCUGUGUACAGUACUGUGCAGAAGUGUUGAGUACUGAUACUGAGUCACAUUUUUAAAGUGGUCUUGAGCAAUAGUUUUCCAGGUUUUAUUUUCCCAGUAUAUCUUUGAACACUGGCUGCUUGUUCACUCUUUUCCAGUCCAGUCCCUGUAGCUGAGCUAUUUCACAGGAAAGCGUUUUUUAAUCCAUUUAACAUUAAUCUGUAACUCUGUUAAUCAAAAAAGGCACCUAAGUCAAGGAAUGAACCAGAGUUGUAUCAACACAUAACACAACUCAGAAAAGAACCAGUUUUAAAUGAUAACUUUAGGCACUGCUAACAGCCUGCUGCAAAAACAAGUCGUUUGUUCCUCUUCCUUUAGUUGAAUCUAAGACAAACGCCAAGGUUAACACAGUUUGACAGACAUAAAAUAGCACUUCUGUAACAGAAAAGAGCUAAAAACCCGACAUAGCUCAGCAUGGUUGUGAUUUAAGGACAACAUGCAGUAUCACCUGGACACCACCGGCAACAGCUUUAUUUAGCAUGGCAACAUUGAGGAAGAAAAGCCCAGCAUGCAGAUGCAUGUAGACAGAUAUAACACAAUGCAAAAUCUUCAUUUAGGUUGAAAGCAAAGUGCAGACACUCAGAAUCCAUGAAAAGGAAACAGCAAACUAAAUGCUUUGAUGUAGAGGACACAGGGGAAAUAACACUAUGACAAAAACAAGGACAAAGGAAGGACUGGGUCUAUAAAUAAAGAUAUAUUAAAACAUG